AUGGAAUUUGCAUAUGAACCAGCUAACGAAGACGUACGUGUAGUUGUCGGUGUAGAUUUUGGUACUACAUAUUCAGGAUUUGCAUAUGCUUAUAUUCAAGAAAAUAAGGAAAGAAUUGAAAUUGUAGUAAAUGAUGAAUGGGGAAAUUUUAAAAGUCCAAAUAAAACUAAUACUGCAUUACAAUAUGACGAGACUAAUAGAGUUGUUGUUAAUUGGGGUGCUGGCGCAUUAAGUUCUGAGCCCAAAAAACGAAAAAGAUUUAAUUUACCAAAGCCAAUAGAAUAUUUCAAAUUUUAUUUGGGUGAUGAUCUUCCUGAAAAUAAAAAACCAAAACUACCGCAAGAAAUUACUUUUGAAAAGGCUAUAUCUGACUUUCUUCGUGAAAUGGAAAAUCAUUGGCCUGGAAUAGAUUUUUACAAACACGUAUUACUUGUUUUUUCUGUGCCAGCUGAAUUCAACGAAAUGGUUAGAGUUAUUAUGAGAAGAUGCAUAUAUAAUGCCGGAUUAAUUAGAUCUCUUGGCACUUUAAAUCUUCAAUUUACCACUGAACCGGAAGCUGCUUCAAUAUAUUGCAUCAAUAAAUUAAAAGAGCUUAAUAUGAAAGAAGGAGUAACUUAUUUGGUUGUUGAUUGUGGCGGAGGGACUGUAGAUUUAACAGUCAGAAGAUUAUUAAAUGGUG